ACAAUAAUGGCGAUGGUGUUGGAUGCUUUUGCAUCCUACAUCGGGGACUACCUCAAGCAGGUGGUACAAGAUGAGCUCGGAACGAUGCUGGGCGUCUCCGGCGAGAUCGACAAGUUGGGAGACAAGCUUCAAGACCUCAAGAACUUCCUCGCUGAUGCUGAUAGGAGGAAUAUCAGCGACGAGACUGUCCAGGUCUGGGUGGGGCAGCUCAAGCGCGCCAUGUACGAAGCUGCUGACAUCCUCGACCUCUGCCAGCUCAAGGCCAUGGAGAAGCGUUGGCCAUCCUCUGCAGAAGCUGGGUGUUGCAAUCCCUUACUCUUUUGCAUGCGGAAUCCCUUCCAUGCUCGUGAGAUCGGCACCCGCAUCAAGGCGCUCAACCAGAGGCUUGAUAACAUAAAGCAGCGCAGUGCUGCUUUCAACUUCAUCAAUCUUGGGUCCUAUGAGGAUUGUCAUAGCAGCAAUGUCCACAUCUCUCGUCAUGGCAAUCCUAGCCGGGAGACAUCUGGGGAGCUCAACCUGUCCAGUGUGGUUGGGGACAAGAUCGAAGAAGACACAAGCGCACUGGUGGCCCAAAUCACACGCUCUGGAAAUGAGGUCAGCAACAACAUUAUGGUGGUCGCUAUCGUAGGUGUUGGUGGGAUUGGCAAGACCACCCUCGCCCAGAAGGUCUUUAAUGACGAGGCCAUCCAAGGUGACUUCAGCAAAAAGAUAUGGUUGAGUGUCAACCAGAACUUUAGUGAGGUUGAGCUGCUGAGAGGAGCCAUCAUUGAAGUCAGAGGAGACGCUCGGCCAGUUGGAAAUGCAAAGGCCACGCUUCAACGAACCCUCAAGGAAGCCUUGAUUGGCCACAAGACCUUCUUGAUAAUGGAUGAUGUUUGGAACUAUAGAGCAUGGGAGGAUGUGCUCAAAGCGCCGUUAGUCAAUGCUGCUGCUCCAGGCAGCCGUGUUCUCAUCACUACUAGAGAUGAAGGUGUAGCCCGAGGGGUGUCAGCUAUAUGGCCAUACCACCACGUCGACACAUUAGCACCCGACGAUGCUUGGUUAUUGUUCAAGACGCAGGUACACUCAAGUGAGAUAGAUGAAGACCACAUCAAUAUGCUAAAGGAUAUCGGACUGAAAAUUAUACAAAAAUGUGGUUUCUUACCAGUUGCCAUUAAAGUAAUGGGAGGACUCUUGCGUGAAAGAGGGGGGCUACGGCAUGACUGGCAGCAGGUUUUGGAUGAUUCUAAAUGGUCAACAACUAAAAUGCCCGAUGAGCUCAACCACACGGUAUACUUAAGCUAUGUAUAUAUGCCUUCCUACCUGAAGCAGUGCUUUCUGUACUACUCUCUUCUUCCUAAAAGUAGAAUUUUUACUAUGGAUGAAGUUGUUGCAAUGUGGAUUAGUGAAGGAUUUAUUCAUGGAAAUUCUAAUGAUUUAGAAGAAUUGGGAACAAAUUACUACAAGGAGUUGAUAUCUAGGAACCUUAUAGAGCCAGAUAAAGCGUAUGCUCAUAUAUGGGUUUGCAGCAUGCAUGAUGUUGUUCGCUCAUUUGCUCAGUAUAUGACUAAAGAUGAAGCACUCGUGGCUCAAGAUGGAGACAAUGAUAUUCUUUCUAAACUUAGUUCACAAAACUUUCUUCGGUUGUCCAUAGAAGCUAACCAAUCACAAUCAGGUGAACUUGAUUCAAAAUCUCUACAGGUGCAGAAAUCAAUGAGAACAUUGAUCUCAACUAUCCAGAUUAAGAUGAAGCCUGGUGAUUUAUUGGCUACUUUUUCUAGUUUGCGGACUCUGCAUAUGGAAUCUUCAGAUAUGGCUGUAUUGCUGGAAUUGUUGCAUCAACUCAAGCACCUGAGGUAUCUAACACUAGUAAAUGCGGAUAUAUCUGUACUUCCAGGAAACAUUGGCAAGAUGAAACUGUUGCAAUUCCUUGACCUUCGUGGAUGUACAAGAUUGGUGAAUCUUCCUGAUAGCAUUGUGAAGCUUGGCCAGUUGAGGUUCCUUUCACUUCCCGAAGCAUGUAUGGUACCUAGAGGGUUUAGUGGUCUGACAAAUAUGAGGAGACUACGUAUGUUUCGAGCCCACAUGGAUGGUGAUUGGUGCAGUUUGGAUGAGUUGGGUCCUGUUUCCCAACUCAGACUUCUUGGAUUAACUGAAUUAGAGAAUGUAUCUGCUACCUCGUUUGCUGCUAAUGCUAGGCUCAGCGAGAAGAUGCAUCUUAUCAGGCUACUCCUGCACUGCACCAGUAGAUUGGGAGAUGAUGUGUUGGUCAAAGAGAAGGAUGGUGUCUCUGAGGAAGAGCAACAACGAAUUGAGAAGGUUUACGAUAAGCUCUACCCUCCACCUGGUGUAGAAGUUCUUCAAAUCAAGGGGUAUUUUGGCCGGCAACUCCCGAGCUGGAUGAUGUCCACAUCAGUGGUGCCCCUCAACAACUUGAAGACUAUAUUGUUUCAUGAUCUGGCUUGUUGCGCACAACUUCCCAAUGGGUUGUGCCAGCUCCCCGGUCUGGAGGUUCUACAGGUCUCUCGUGCUCCAUGCAUCAAACAUGUGGGGACUGGAUUCUUGCAUGCGGCAACAGCUUCAUUUCCAAGGUUAAAUGAAAUGAUCUUGUAUGGAAUGGUGGAAUGGGAGGAGUGGGAGUGGGAGGAGAAAGUAAAAGCCAUGCGCCGUUUGAAGAAGCUUGUGCUCAAAAAAUGCAGACUGAGGCAUGUUCCUCCAGGCCUUGCAUCCAAUGCAAGCUCAUUGAAAAUAUUAUGUCUACAACAUGUCAAGUACCUCAGCUACAUUGAGAGCUUUCCUUCUGUUGUUGAGCUUACAGUGAAUGGAUGCCCUGACCUGGAGAGGAUCACCAAUUUCCCCAAUCUGCAGAUGCUUACCAUCGUGAACUGCCCAAAGUUGAAGGUGCUGGAGCAGAUUGCUUCACUCGAGAGGCUGAUCCUGGAGGAUUACACCAUGUUAAAACUCCCAGAAUACAUGCGAGACAUAAAGCCAAGGCAUUUCCAGCUAUUCUGCAGGCUAUGGUUGCUCUCUUCGAUAGCCGCGGGACAAUCUGGCACUGAGUGGGACAAGUUCAGCCAAGCGGAGCAUGUCAAGGCAUAUGCACGUGAUGGAGACAACUCAAGAAAAUGGUAUGUUUUGUACACGAGAGGAGACAACUGCAAGUUGGAUUCAAAUAUUAGCAGCUCUACCAUAUUUGAAGAAACCUUAUCAUCUUCUAUGGUGGAUGCACAAGGAUUUGACUCUCUGUACAAAAUGAGAAGUACCUUCAGUUACGUCUGCAACUUCCUGACAGCAUUGUGAAGCUUGGCCAGCUGAGGUUACUUUCACUUCCCGAAGCAUGUACGGUACCUAGAGGGUUUAGUGGUCUGACAAAUAUGAGGAGACUAUAUAUGUUUCGAGCCCACAUGGAUGGUGAUUGGUGCAGUUUGGACGAGUUGGGGCCUCUUUCCCAACUUAUAGGUCUUGGAUUAAUUGAAUUGGAGAGUGUAUCUGCUGCCUCGUUUGCUGCUAAUGCUAGGCUCGACAAGAAGACGCAUCUUAUCAUUCUACUCCUGCACUGCAGCAGUAAACUGGGAGACAUCUCAGAGGAAGAGCAACAACGAAUUGAGAAGGUUCUCGAUAAGCUUUGCCCUCCACCUGGUGUGGAAAAACUUGAAAUCAAUGGGUAUUUUGGCCGGCAACUCCCGAGCUGGAUGAUGUCCACAUCAAUGGUGCCCCUCAACAACUUGAAGACUAUAUUUUUUGAUGAUCUGGCUUGUUGCACGCAACUUCCCAAUGGGUUGUGCCAGCUCCCCAAUUUGCAUUUUUUACUGGUCUCUCGUGCUCCAUGCAUCAAAUAUGGGGGACUGGAUUCUUGCAGGCGACAGCAGCUUCAUUUCCAAGGUUAAAUGUAUUGAAGUUGCUCAAGAUGGUGGAAUGGGAGGAGUGGGAGUGGGAGGAGCAAGUACAAGCCAUGCGCCGUUUGGAGAAACUUGUGCUCAUUAACAGGGCCGGGCCUAUAGUUGUAGAAAGUGUGCAGCCCGCACAGGGCCCCUAAUUUUUUGGGGCCCCAAAAUUUGUAUAUAGGCCUAGUAUUUUAAAAAAACUGUCAUAACAGGCCCUGGGCCGCUAGGUGCUGGACGCAGUGGCGGCGUCAGGUUCUA